UGUCAUUACGAUUGAGAUACUCUUACGGAAUAUGCUGUAUUUAUAAGCAUGAAAGAUUUGUCUUUUACUAGGUUUUGAAUAGAUUCAAAGUGGUACAUAUCUUUGAUUGAGACACUGGAAAAUAAUUUUUGGCUCGUUUAGUCCUCAAAAUUCCCGCGACGAGUCAUAAUUCAUGUUUCUGAACCUAAAAGAAAGAGAAAAAAGAAAAAAAAAACAAAACAUGUAGUGAAAUAAAUAGACGGGAAUUAUGAACAUUUCACUUUCACAGGUUGUUUGAGCAAUUCAUCGUAUUUUUUGCUAAAAAAAAAGAAGCAAGCAUGGAUCGAAAAACAAACGUGUACGUUUGGGACAUGGACGAAACUCUUAUACUGCUCAAAUCUUUACUAAGCGGCGCUUACGCCGCGGCGUUCAACGGUCUGAAGAAUGUCGAGAGUGGUUUAAAGAUUGGCAAAAUUUGGGAGCAUCAUAUUCUUCAGACGUGCGACACGUAUUUCUUCUACGAACAAAUUGAAAGUUUCAAUCAACCGUAUCUUGAUGCGCUGAACGAAUACGAUGACAACUCAGAUCUUUCCGAUUACGAUUUUAGUCAGGAUGGUUUGGGGGUCCCACUUGAUGCUCUUAAUAAACGUAAAUUGGCAUAUCGCCAUCGGGUUAUAGCUGACAAGUAUCGUAAGGGAUUAUGUAAUCUUCUGAAUCAAGAUCUCGUAAAAUUGUGGGAAAGUCUCUAUGAGUUGAGCGACACAUACACCGACAAAUGGCUUUCUUCAGCUAGGGCGUGCUUAGAGCAGUGUGCGGGUCAGAAAAGAGAUGCAGAGUUCGAGCAUGUGAAUGUAUUGGUUACAUCUGGAGCUCUCGUACCCAGCUUGGUCAAAUGCCUUUUCUUUCGACUUGAUCAUAUAUUUACUUCCAAUAAUGUGUACAGCUCUUUGGAAGUGGGGAAGCUCCAGUGCUUCAUGUGGAUAAAGGAGCGUUUCGAAGGUGAGAAUUUCCGAUUUUGCGUAAUCGGAGAUGGAUGGGAAGAAUGUGAAGCUGCACAAUCGAUGAAUUGGCCGUUUGUUCAAAUCCAAAUCGAUCCGCAUCCACCUAAUACCAAUCGAUUUCCUGGUCUCACUUCUCGAGAUUUAACACACUAUUUCUCCGAUGAAAACAUUGAAGAAACCGUGCGUGAAAAUACUAAAUGACGGUAAAGCAUGUAAGAAUCGACUGUAAUGUUUUUUCCGAUUGUAAUAUUUCACUAGAAUCGAUUAUCAAUGAUUACUUGGCACAAAUGAUGCUGACAAAAGUCUAUAAUCGGUGCUCUCUCUCAAGUUACCGAAACAUUCAUUACAAACAAUCUUAAAAAAAUGGCAUCUUCGUCUCGAAAAUGUAAUUCAGAUGUUCUAUCGAUAUAAAAAAGAAUAUAUGAUCUCAAAUAAACUUGAAAUUUGUCAACAAUGUUGCAACAUAUGAAACAC